CUCUUUUUGUUUCUUAAACCUUUUGUGGCUAUACAAAAUGACAGUAAAGUUACCAGAACCCAGAAAUACAGAACAUUAUAAGAGAAUUCUUUUUCAAUUUACAGAAGAAUUGUCGUCAAAAAAUGUAUUUCUGCGUUUACCAGACUCUUUUACACCACUUGAGCGCAUGCUUCUCCAAGCAACAGGCAAUUUACAGCGUAUUCUCUCUGCUUACUACAAUGUCCCGAGUCAAGUCAAGAUCAUCAAGAAUGAGACUGUCCCUUCUGCUGAUACUCCUUAUAUGCAAUUUGAAAGAAAGAUUGUCAUGUAUUUUGGAAACAAACUUGCCUAUGAAGCCGAUUCUAUUUUGACAGUCAAAGAUAGUGCUGUGCUGGAAUUAAUAGAGAAGCAUAAAUAUGGUCUCGGUCAAAUCUUUGGUCACACGCACAGAUCUCCAGAUUUUGUAUUACAUGCUGUUGGUAGACAUGGUAAUGCACCUGGUGCUAGUUUCUGGCGUGAUUAUAGCCUAACAGUACCUGACGUCUUGGACUGUUUUAUUCGCGAGACAUUUGUCGAGGGAUUGUUUGACAAAUACGACGGUGAUAAGAAUGAUGGUGUUAUUUGGUACGAUACAAAUUAAACUCCUCAAAUAGAACUUGCGAGAAAGAAAAGUGUGACUUGUGAAAACAAUGAAUUUCCA